CAGCUAAUUUCGUAUACAGCGACGGACCUGAAUACAUCGCGAUUGUCGCCUUGGCCGCUGAGCGCGGAGCGUUGGCAAGGAGACGGUGGGUGUCACCUUUUGAAUUUCGCUCGAAAUGUGCAGAUCGUCUCCAGCUCUGCCGUAAGGCCAACAGUCUUUAUAGUAUCAUAUAGUAUCAUAUAGUAUCUCGUCGGUGGUAUUACCAUUCUCAGUUUCAGCGUAUCUUUGAUAUUUAAAUUUCUUCUGUAUGUUAAACAUUUAUUUGAACAUUUUCUCACAAAGUAGAACUUACAGCAAUAAAAAUGUCAAAGACUGACAGUUUGUACACGUCGCGAAUGCGAACACGUCUACAAUUCAAUGUAACUAAUAAGCCAGAAGAAAAUGUCGAAAUUGACAUUUCCGAAUUAAACGAUCUGCUGAAUCAAACAUGGAACAUUUAUGCAGCAUCUGCUCUAUUUGGUUUCCAACAUGAUGAUGUUUCUUUAAAAUUAUACUCAAAAAAGUUGCGAGAAGAAAUAGCAAGACACCUACCUCAUGAAGAUUUAACUUAUGAUGCAAAUUUUUUUAUCAUAGAAAAUGGUUCUACAUCCAAUUAUGAAAAUUAUUCAGCAAUUAAGAUAGAAGUAGUAGCCAAACAGAAUAAUCAUGAAGAAAAAUCCAUUUACAAAGGAAUAUUAUUAUCUUGGACAACAACACAAAUUGAACCUGAUAUAAAUAAUACUACAAAGUUGCCUCUUUUACUGUGCCGUGGCACACGUAAUUGUAUAGAUGCUGUACAUAUUGUUAUUAGUCAUAUGUUUGACUGUUUGGUAAUGGCAUUACCGAUUAGUGAGGAUGAUCUAAAUUGGCUUAUUCCAAUUAUAAUUGUAUUAGUUGACAAGGAUGAGCAACCUAUAGUAUCUGGUGAAGUUCAUAUGGAAUAUACAGUAUCAGAAUUACCAGUUACAGAUACUAUUAAAGUCAAAUUUGAUAUUUCAGAGCUGAGGAAAAUAUUAAAAAACAUUAUAAACCAAAAUAAUAUGGCCAAUAUAAUACUUGACCAUAAACACAUAAAACAAUUCUAUGAAGUUCUAUACGUGCAAAUGUUAACAAUAGGAGGAUUACAAUUAGGAUCAUGUACAUUGCAUAGAAUUAACCUGCCUGGAGUAACAAUAAUGGAGAACAGAAUGAAAAUAAUGAAUGUAGAAAUUAUGAAUCAUAUAUUAUUAUAUCUGUGUGAAAAAGCCUUUGAUACAUUCCAUGCAAUACGUAUAGACAUAUAAAUAUGUUUAAUUAUUU